UUUCGGCGACACAAGCAGUGAACAGCAAUGUAUAUCUAGCACGAACAUUAGACCGUUGCAAUUCCCAACACCCCGCGUACUACUCACACACUCAAAUAUGUCCCAGUCCUCAAAUGUUCCCAUAUCGUGGCUGUUUGUCAAUUCUAGUAUUUUUUCCAUCUAUUGGAUGAUUGCUGCCGGCGUCGUAGUCGUGUAUGACUGGGUAUUAACACUCGGACAAGAGAUUGAACUCAUCUGGAGGCAACGUUGGUCUUUCAUGACUGUGUUAUACCUGCUUAUACGCUAUCUUGGACUACCAUAUUCUGUUAUCGGCGUUCUGGUAACUAUGCCAUCGGUCUCGCUAACAGAUGCAGUAGGCAUUAUUGCAGACUAUGCACUAGUUCUGACAAGUGUGGUCGUACUUUUGAUGCUGGGCAUCAUUAUGAUUGCUCGGUUACAUGCCAUGUAUCAUCAGAGAUCUAGAAUCAUGCUCAUCUCCCUUGUUAUUUUUUUCCUGGCUGUUAACAUCACUUGUGUAGUACUGACGGUAAUGGAACUCCUCUGGAAUGUACCGGACUCUGCGGAGGAGAACUUAGGUUCUAAUGCAUAUAUAUGCAAUUAUGGAUUUGAGGGGGAUGCUGAGCUUCUGACUGCAUUGUAUUGGAUGCCCUACACUGUUUGGGAGUUCGUUGCACUGUAUCUGUCAGUCCGGAUUGCUGUGAAACAUUUCCGUGACCUGCGACGACUCGGCCCAUUGACAGGAUCGACCAUCGGCGGGGACUUUUCCAGAGUGUUGAUGAAAUCUCACGUGCUUUAUUUUGCAAGCUUUUUUGGUACCUCUUGCCUGCAGUUUGUUACUCUCUCUCCGGAGAUCACGGAUUCAAAUUCCGUGGGAGCCCUGAUAAUCUAUGGUCUUCUUCAAAUUUUCUUCGUCGUACAGAUGUUUGUGCUAGGACCACGCCUCAUCCUUAGCAUUCGAGAAUACCACGCCAAACUCGCGGUCUGAUCCGACGCAGAAACCAGCAUGAAUUCGAUUGUCUUCCAGGAGCGUGUACGUGUAGAAACUAGCAGUACUGUGUAGGGAAAUUCUUGCGGAGUGUUCUGCAUGAAGGAGAUAUUUAGUCGAGGAUCCGUCGUCGUAUUUAUUAUAGUUCUUGUGUUCCGGUGUAUAUUUAAGGCCAGGUUUAUGUACGCAUUUC